AUGUCGUCGAAUGAAGCUCAAAAAAUGACGCCCGAGGUGGAGUCAGGCUACUUCAAUACCUUCCCACCACCCAAGUCCCUCCCGAAACACGAAGCUCUUGCGCGAGCCUUUAUCAACUACCAUGUGGAAGCAAAUCGAUGCGUGGUCCUUGUGACGUCUGGGGGAACCACCGUGCCCCUUGAGAAUCAAACCGUUCGUUUUAUUGAUAAUUUCUCGGCGGGAACGAGAGGUGCGACGUCGGCCGAGUACUUCCUGCAGGAGGGAUACGCAGUCAUUUUCCUACAUCGACAGUUCAGUCUCCUGCCAUAUUCACGGCAUUAUAGCCACUCAACAAAUUGCUUCUUAGACUUUAUGGACGAGGCGCCCCCAUCCAAUUCUUCAGACUCGGAUCACGGGCCUAUCGUGGUCCGUAGUGAAUACCAGGAUGAAAUGCGAGAUGUGCUGAGGAAAUACCGCUCUGCGAAGCAGAAUAACCUCCUUCUAGUCCUUCCCUUCACCACAGUUGGCGAUUAUCUUUAUGAAUUACGGUCACUAGCCCAGUUGAUGAGGCCACUAGGACCCAAUGCGUUGUUCUAUCUUGCUGCGGCCGUCAGUGACUUUUUCAUUCCGCGCGACCGGAUGGCAGAACACAAGAUACAGUCCUCGGAGUUGCCACCGCAAUUCACGAGAGAGGAAGCUGUUGAUUCGUCUGAAAUUUACACGGGAGAAAUCGGGGCGAAUCCGCCGACGCACAGCAAGAAACUGGUUAUCGAUCUCGACCCGGUCCCGAAGUUCCUGCACCGGUUGGUCGACGGCUGGGCACCGGAUGGGAGCAUGAUCGUGUCCUUUAAACUCGAGACGGAUCCUAGCCUCUUGGUGUACAAGGCACAAACGGCGCUCCAGCGGUACGCGCAUCACCUAGUGAUUGGAAAUCUCCUUUCCACCCGCAAAUGGGAGGUUGUUUUCAUCACCCCUGAGGCGCCGUACGAGCGCUGGAUCCGCGUGCCGAAAUCACGACGCAGUAAGAGCAUCUCUGGAGCGGAGGAUCAGGUUGGAUUGGCGGAGGUUAAGCGAUUAGGGGAGGCAGCGACCAGUAAGAUCGGAGAGAACAGCGGCGAUGUGCAACAGGGGCAGGAAGGCAGCCACGACGGGGUGGAGAUCGAGGGACUGAUCAUCCCCGAGCUAGUCAAGUUGCACUCGAAAAAGAUCGCUACGCACCACAGCAAGGCAUGA